AAACAGUGGAUGGAAUAUCCCAUCAACUCACCGGCGCAAGAAUUGGAACUAUACGCGCCGUUCGUGGCACUCGUGCAAUCCAUCACCAACUACACUUCGAGAAUGGCUGGCGCGCAGAUGAACGGCGUGCGAUGGAGGGAUUACCACAGCAUCAUGCCCCUCUCUCGAGAUCCAGGCGCUCCGGAAAUCAGACCCGACAUCAUCGCAACGAUUGGAGUAGCAAACAACGAGUCCGUCCCGUGGAGCCGCAUUCUGGUCCCGGUCGAAGUCAAGAAACAAAAACGGGAAGGCCCGGCGCUGCUGCAGCUGUUAAAGUACAUGCACAUGGUAUUCCACGAGGCGGUUGACCGUUGCUUUGUGUUCGGCAUCAUCAUUGCGUGUGCGAACAUGUCGGUGUACCUAGCUGACCGGACGGGCGUCCUAGGGUCGUCAGUGUUCAACAUUCACAAGGAACCACGAUUGUUUAUCCGCGUCAUCGCUGGCAUAUGCACGUCGUCGCUCGCUAAUCUUGGGUGGGACACCUCGAUGACGGACUACUAUUGGGUGAUUGACAUGCCCAAGCCUAAAGAAGGCGCUGAAUACGGUGUCAUGGACGAGAAGGAUACCGAGAAGUUCGUCCUAUACAAGGCGUUCAAUGUCCAGCGUGGCGAGGUGAUACGUGGGCGCGCAACGCGCAUAUGGAAAGCAUGGCUCUUCGACGAGUUGACAUUAUCGCCGGAGGACCGCCAGUUAUUCAUCAUGAAGGAUACGUGGCGAGACGACGAGCGACGUCUAGAGGGCGAGUUCUACAAACAUAUCGGACGACACGACGGGGUUGCGACGAUGCGUUCCUACGGAGUCGUAUCCGUCGAUGACAAAGAAGACAAGGUCGUGACAAGAAUCCGCCGCGACUUGCAGGUCUGCGCUAAACCCCGUUGCAUCAACAUUUCGCAGAAGGAUAUCCUACUGGAGACGAUACCCUUGUCGACGCCCGAUAGAACUCGAGACAACACGACUGACUACGGCAUUCUCAUCGACUACCUGCCUCGCAUCGAGGUACCCGAGCGCUCGCCUCGAGGGAGGACCCACUCGAGGCUGAUCAUGGGGUCGUAUGGAUGGCCGAUCAAGUACGCGCUUUCGCUCUUGGAGAUGGUGCAAGCCAUGCACGAUGCUCUUGCCGGUCACUGGGCUGCGUACGAGAAGGGUGUUACACAUCGAGAUCUCAGCGACACUAAUAUCCUCAUUACGGGAAGCAAGGAAGUGGGCCGUCGGGGAAUGGUGAUCGACUUUGACUACGCGAAAAUCCUAGGGGAUGCCACGCUUGCUGAGGAUCCGAUAUCGGGCACACGGCCGUUUAUGUCAGGCGAAAUCCUGACGGGGCAGCGCUACUCCCUCAGUGCGAAUGCCGAGCUCUCCGAUGAUGACCAACACGACGACGCAAACAACGUUAGGCCCGUGCACACCUUUUAUCAUGACCUGGAGAGCCUUUUCUGGAUCCUGCUAUGGAUCUGCAUUUGCAGAGCCGGACCUGCACUGCGGCGUCUCGACGGAUGGGAGGCUGACGACGGGGUGGCCGGAGAUCAAUACAAACGGUACUUCAAGGCCCCGGGAUUGAAACAGCUUGGCUACAACAAGUAUGAUCUCUUCGCUCUCCCGAAAUAUUUCGGAGACUGUCUCAGCGCCGUGACCACCUACCAUCGGCCGCUUGUGCCUCUCCUCCGUAGCCUCCGGAAGAUACUCCGCAAUGGAUAUGGAGGACAUUUCAAUGAGGUCGAGGCCUACCGUGCUUUCCUACAGGCUUUCAAGGACACGGAACAAAGUCUCAGUGAUCAGGAUGAAGAGCUCAACGAGGACCAACAGCGUGCCUUUCAAGCAGAGGAGCGCCGUCGCGAGGUGGAUCUCAUGGAUUGGGAGCGUACGCCCAGGAAAAUGGCAAGGCAGGAGGCAGCUCCCGAUGUCGGUAAGGUAGGGAAUCAAAGUGCCGCCGAACAGCGAACUGGCCGCGUGAACGAAGCCGAACCAGCCGACACCGACUCCGACGGACGCGAGGAGUCCCCGACGCCUCUGCCUCCUCCGACUGCGACGACAAGCCGCGCCGAACGGAAGCUCAUUCAAGACGCUAUGGCGUCCGGGCCAUCUACCAGAGCGUCGCAAGCCCUCCCGCCGACUGGGGUGUCUAUGCAAUCGAUGAGCCGCGUGUCAGUAGCUCCCACCGCGUCCGAGGCUCAGUCUCCUCCGCCAUCCGAGACGAGCCAGACGAGUGCUCCCGUGCAGACGAAGUCCAAGAAACGCGGUCGUGAGGGGGCAGACGACGCUAGUGUUGCUGGUGAAGGGAGCGAGCAGGGUGGUGGCGCGAAGAGAGCUAAGCGAGGUAGCGGCGGACGCGGACGAGGAAGUGCUCGUGGGAGUGGGAAUGGCCGUGGUCGUGGUGGGGGUGGGGGUGGAAGUCGAUCCCAGCCAGACAGAAAGGGGAAGGGUAGGGCGGUUGACCCGAGCUAGGGGUGGUUCAACUGUGACUAUCGAGCAAUGCGAUAUGAAAUGCACGCUGUUGAAUAUUUGUAUCCUCGGUCCCAUCGCACGAGCGGCAUGCGCAGACCAUGACUGAGUAGGCAGUCCCGCGC